AUGCCUCGCAAGUUUUUAGCGUUAGAAGCUGCGUUAGACUUUUUCCACAGCUUAUCCGACAGGGAACUUGAUGACGAACACGACAAUGAUCUUUGUAUUUUGCCACCAGAUGAAGACGCGAAUCUGAGUGAUGAAGAACACAUAAACGAUGAAACCUUAAAUGAAGUUCAUCCUCAAGAUGUCUGUGGCCAGGUUGACUUGAUGCUUAGCGAUGAAGAUAGAGAUUCAAAUAGUUCAGAUGACCAGCUUCACGAUUUAGGAGAUCAAAAAGGAAGCACAACCUCCUGCUCGGCUCAAAAAGCAAAGAAGACUCCAAAAGGAAAGAAGCGGAAGCAAGAAUCCUAUCCCAGGUGGAAAAAAGAUGCUAAGUUUGAAGAAAAUCUUCCGGGAAAAAAAUUAGAAAAAUUGACUGAAAAAUUCGACGAGCUUUAG